AUGCAGCGUGACCUCAAGUCCUCCAUUGCCAUAUUUGGCCCUACCGCUUCUGGCAAAACCAAGCUGGGAGUGACCAUCGCCAGAACAUUUCUGGGCGAGGUUGUCUCCGUCGACAGCCUCCAGUGCUAUCGACCGGGGGGCGUCGUCACAGCAAAGCCUCGCGCCGAAGAGAUGCAAGGCGUUCCCCAUCAUAUGAUAGACUACCUUGAAGCCGAUGAGGAACCUCAUGAUUUUGUAAGCAUGGCCGCUGAAAAAAUGGACGACAUUAGUAGUCGUGGAAAGCUGCCAAUCCUUGUUGGCGGCUCGACCUCCCUUACAAUUCCUCUGCUGCAUGAAGCAUUCAAACGUCGGUACCGAAUGAUGGUGAUCACAUUGGUGCCUGGUCAAUCAACAUACCAGUCACUCAUCCAGGCCAGGGCUGACGAGAUGCUGGAGAUGGGUCUCUUAGAUGAGCUCACCGAGCUGAAGCGCCUCCAACAGAGCCUUCUCGGUGAUGAGCCCGAUUUUGAUAAAGGUAUAUGGAAGGCAAUCGGAUAUUCAGAGUUCUUUUCGUACCUUCAAUCUGAUACGGGCACCGGCGACCACGGGGUCUUGAUCCAAAAUGCCCUGACAUCAAUGUACGUCAAUACUAUACGGUAUGGCCUCCUCCAACUGGAGUGGAUUCAACACACCUUGAUGCCUAUUCUGCACAAAGGCCGGGUAGCGUGUAUCAGCCUUCCGGUCAGUGACAAAGCAUCCUGGAUAGUGGAUGUUGAAGGGCCUGCGAUUUCAAUAAUCACCGAGUUUUGCCACAACUCCCCGUCAAUGUGGCUUCCAUCGAAGGAGACCCCAAAACACCGCGUUGUAUGCUUAUUUGGUGGAGCCUCUUCCGGUAACGAUCCCGCGCAUAUUGAGGCGGCCAAGGCCCUCGCACAUGUGUUGCACCGUCAUGACAUAAAACUUAUAUAUGGCGGCGGCACCACUGGAAUUAUGGGUGCCAUUGCAGGUACUCUGGUGGAACUGUCUGGCCCAAACGCCGUUCACGGUAUCAUCCCAGCUGCGCUUGCAAGAUACGAGGAAGAGGUGACCAAGGAGUGCGCCGACCCUUCUCGCUUCGGAACUCGGACCGUUGUGAGGGAUAUGCACACCCGCAAGAGACUCAUGGUCAAGUCUGUCCUCGAUGGUGCUCCAGGCAGUGGCUUCGUCGCAUUGAGUGGGGGUUAUGGCACCAUGGAGGAGCUGUUUGAGGUUACCACAUGGUAUCAGCUGGGUAUCCACGGCCGCAGUGUUUGCAUCUUCAAUGUGAGCGGGUUCUACGAUGGUUUGUUACACUGGAUCAGUAAGGUUGUCCAAGAUGGGUUUGUAGACCUGAAGGAUGCUGGCAUUCUAAGGGUUGCGGCAUCGGCAGAUGAAGUUGUUUCUUGUCUGGGAGAUAAACAUUCGUCAUCACGAAUUGGUGAACUCGAGUGGAUUUAG